UUGUAGCCUAAUCAAUAAAAUUUAAAUCUAACUGAACCGAGCUUUUGCUGCAGCGUCAGGCUUGCUUGAGACGGAAUUGAUCCUUGCUCGAAAACGGCCGUGGAAGCAGAGCUUACGGCGAAAGGUGAUAUCGGUGCAGUGGUUUCUGCUGACGAACCGACAUGCGUAGUCUUCACGUGUUCCUUGCUACAUCUGCCGUGAUGGUGUCAAUUAAUGGAAGUGCAUGUGAGAAUACAAGAGACUUCGACAGUGCAAGUCCAAACCUGAACAGUGCCUGCAAGACACCAAAUUUCAACAAUCGACCAGAUUGCGGCGGCACUGAAGUUGGAUACGUGUACAACAGGAACGCAAGUCUGUGCCAGCAAAUUACAAUAUUUUGUCCAGAUAGAGGAGGCUACUUUCCAAUGCUUUACCAAUGCGUCGCCACCUGCAAUCGAGCUCAAGGAGCGCCUUUGUGUGGGAAAGAUCCAGAAGACACUUGUUUGGGAUCACGUGCUAGUCUGCGGAGGAGAAAAGUAUAUUUCUAUAACAUUACGGUAGGCGAGUGCCAAAUGCGUGAAGGGUGUGGCCUCAUUGACGACACUAAUGAGAAAAAUUAUUUUCUAAGGAGGCGCACGUGCACAAGCUACUGUUGGGGGUUUACUCGGUAUAACUUUCAAGGGUUCAAGUCAUAGGCAAUGGCAACAUUAUACCUUCCGUUCGAAACAAAGAAUUGAAGAACCGCGACACAGGUCCGUACAUCACACAGACAAACAAAGCAUUACAUUAUUGGAUGUAGCAAAAUUGGUCCAUCAACAAAGAAGUAGUUUAUAGGCUGAUGAAAAUAAAGUUGUGCUACACCCAAAUG